AUGAGUAUGAUGGGUGAACUCAUGUUCUUCCUUGGACUACAAAUUCAACAAUCUGAAGAAGGAACUUUCAUAUGUCAGACCAAAUAUACAAAAGAGCUGAUUCAAAAUUUUGGUAUGAGCAAUGCAAAAUCAAUUGGCACACCAAUGAGCCCUUCCACAAAUCUAGACAAAGAUGAACAUGGUAUUCCUGUUGAUGAAACUAAAUAUCGUGGAAUGAUUGGAUCACUGCUGUUUCAGUCAGCUCCCAAGGAAUCACAUUUUACUGCCAUAAAAAGAAUCAUUCGAUUUCUCAUUGGGACUGUAUCUCAUGGAUUAUGUUACCCUCGCUCUAACUCUUUUAAAUUAGAAGGUCUUUUCGAUGCUGACCUUGCAGGUGAUAAGGAUGAUAGAAAAAGCACAAAUGGUACAUGUCAAUUACUAGGAAAGGCAUUGAUAUCCUGGAAUAGUAAAAAACAAGCAUCAGUCGCAUUGCCUACUACUGAAGCUAAAUACAUUGCUAUUGGACAAUGUUGCGCACAACUACUGUGGAUGUCUCAUCAACUAGGUGAGUAUGAACUUUCGUUUAAAGCCUAUACAAUUUUUUUGUGA